AUGACUCAUAGUCCCGAUGAUCCUCACACCCCACAAGAUGUUCCAAAAAUUCCGAAAAAUUCUCAAAACCCUCAAAAAGCCAUCACAUCCCCCCGCCAGGUUGGUGAUGAUGCCUUAAAAUAUUCCACGGAAUUUCAAUGUGUCUGCGUUCCGCCACGUUAUGCCUGCGUUUCGGAUAUGUCGAUGAGACCCAAAUCACGUACAUUGGCUUUACAGUGUGUCUCCAAUAGGGAUCUGGGGGCAAUUGGUGAUCAUAACUCUAAUGUGAUGAAAGAAAUCGAAGAAGAGAACCCCCGAAAAGAAGAAGAACCCACCCUGUUGGAAAACCAAUUCUAUGCCGCUUCGAACGAAGUGAUUGCAGAUACCAAGGAGCAAAAUACCCCGAAGGAGGCUAUCGAAGGAUAUCACAACAAUGAUGGUAAGAAUUUUAAUCAAUUAUAUUCCGAAAAAAAUUCUGAAAAAUUCCGCAGUACAUGCAAAGCUGUCGGAAAAAAUAAUCCCCAUUAUGAUGAUAACGAUGCCUCUGUGAGAGCGAAAUAUUCGAAAGUUAAGUCAGGAAAAAAUCAAAGGAAUUCCACUCAUUUCAAUAAAAAUGAGAGUCAUCAUCAGGAGAGAAGAGCCUCAUGUUGUUCGGAAAAUACUAAAGAGAAUAUAAAAAAUUCUAAAAGAGCAGGAACCCAAAAUGAAGCUGAUGAUGAACCCGUGAGAAGAACCUGCGAUCCACUAAUUGCCAACAAUGAAAGUGUAAAGAGAGUAACGAUGGCUCGAGAGAAAAGCCCCGAGGAGAGAAAUUUCCAGGGCUCUCAGCUGUGUGGAAGAUCAACUGAGAGACAUCAAAUGAAAUCGACUCUAAAUGAUAAGGGAGACUUGAAGAGAGAAACUUCGUCUUAUCGAAGGAAAAGCCCUAGGAGAUUAAUACCCCACAAUAAAGAUGACGAACCUGUGAGAGGAAGCUGCGAUCCACGAAUUGCCACCAAUGAAAGUGUAACGAGAGUAACGAUGGCUUAUCGAGAGAAAAGCCCUGAGGAGAGUCAUGUUCAAGGCUCUCAGCAAUGUGGAACAUCAAAUAAGAGGCAUUCUAAGGAAGCAAAUUCCAAGAAAUUGGAAACAAAUAAAAUUCAAGAAUUCAUCUACCCAUUGGAUAAUAAAAAGGCCACGAAAAAUAUUGAUAAUUCGGUAAAGCACUUCGAGAGAGGAGAAGAACCUCAAAUUAUAACCGAAGGACCAAAAUCGGAAUAUCAGAAUUCACCAACAAGUUUCAAAGAAAUUUAUAGACUCAAUUAUGUUGAUAAUGACGAUGAUGAGGAGGAACUGGAUGACCAGGAUUUGACAUCACAUUACAGCUCAGCUGCAGAUUCUAAUGAAGAGGAGGAAGGUUUACAGCCAACAACAAAGAUGGCAGAUACUAGAAUCUCUUCUUUGAAGACUUCCCCAUGUGAAGAAAUCCGACAGACCCCAGAAUUUUCUCUAAAAUUAUCGGAUCUUCAUGACAUUCCCUAUAACAACUUCCAAGCAACUCCAAAUAAUUUUGAGGUACUAAGAGAGUUACGAAACUUUAUAUCCACUCAUCAAAUCGACACCUCCGAAGGAGAAGAGUUAACCGAGCUGGCCAUUUACUUGUUUCGGAAAUUGAGUGAAAAUCGUUCUCCAGAAAUCAAACCAAUAGAAUCCCGCACGAAUCCGAAGACAGAACCUCAUUAUCCGCAAGAGAGUGAGAGCAGGCUACAAGAAGAGAGUAAUGAAUAUACAAAUCUCUCAAGUGACCUAAAACCACCCUAUGAUGAUACUGAUGAAAUUUACGGUUUGUUAUAUUUCGAUGACAAAAAUAUGGAGGGUCACUCUGAACAGCCAGGAGGGGUGGAUAAAGGAACUCCGAAGGAAAAGCAGGAGAGUGAAGAGAAUAAACAAAUCUCAACUGUUCCAAAUGACAUCAAAUCUGAUGAUAGUGACAUUCAUAGAAAUGAUCACAGAGGUGAUCAAUAUUCGACUGUGAUUCCGCAGCAGAAACUGGCAGAAUGUUCCGCAAGUUCCUGGAAUGAUUCCCAGCAAUUAAAGGGGAUUUUGAAACCAUUUCAAGAGAAAUUUUCAAACGGUUCGGGUAAGUAUACCAAUUGA